CCGUGAAGGAUACAUGAGCUCUCCUACCUUGCACGCUUCUUCUUCUUACUCCUGAACGAGAAGUAAUAUUUGCGUUAGUUUCUCGACUUCAUUAAUGUGCUGUUGGCCUGCAUCAGGUAAAGGCAAGAGUAUCUGACUCUGUGUGUGCGCGCGCGCGCGCGCGCGGGUGAGUGUAUAAUAUAAUCUUCCAGUGGAACUGGAAAUUCAAGAGCGAAGAACAUGGAUAUUCCUGCAGACUCUGCAACAGUUGAAUCUCAGGAGCGAAGAACAUUCGCUCUUCCUGUGGAUUCUGAACACAAGGCCACAGAGUUCAAAUUAUUCUCAGUGGCUAAGCCUCACAUGCGAGCAUUUCAUCUUUCAUGGAUUUCCUUCUUCUCAUGCUUCGUCUCAAGCUUCGCUGCGCCUCCUCUGCUUCCCAUAAUUCGUGAUAAUCUCAACCUGACAGCCACAGACAUUGGAAAUGCUGGGAUUGCUUCUGUUUCUGGUGCGGUUUUCGCGCGAAUCGCCAUGGGCACUGCUUGUGACUUGUUUGGCCCUCGUCUUGCUUCUGCUUCUAUCAUUCUCCUUAUAGCACCAGCAGUUUGUCUCUCCUCCAUUAUCUCAUCUCCUACCUCCUUCCUUCUCGUUCGCUUCCUCACCGGCUUCUCUUUGUCCACCUUCGUCUCAACCCAGUUCUGGAUGAGCUCCAUGUUCUCUUCCCGAGUCGUCGCUUCGGCUAAUGGACUUGCAGGUGGAUGGGGCAACCUAGGAGGAGGAGCCACACAACUUGUGAUGCCUAUUGUAUUUGGACUCAUACGUGAUAUUGGAGCAGUCAAAUUCACAGCAUGGCGAAUAGCUUUCUUCAUUCCUGCCAUUUUUCAAAUGUUAACAGCUUUUGCAGUGUUCAUAUUUGGCCAGGAUUUGCCAGAUGGGAAUUUCCAUGGCUUGAAGAAAUCAGGGGAAAAGCCAAAAGAUGACUUGAACAAAGUUUUGUUCUUUGGGGUUUCAAAUUACAGAGGCUGGAUUUUGGCUUUGACUUAUGGAUAUUGCUUCGGAGUCGAACUUACAAUCGACAACAUCAUAGCUGAAUACUUCUAUGACAGAUUUAAUCUGAAUCUUCGCACAGCAGGAAUAAUUGCUGCAAGCUUUGGAUUAGCUAAUGUAUUUUCUCGACCUGGAGGAGGCUAUAUAUCAGAUUUAGUGGCAAAGAGGUUUGGAAUGAGAGGUCGGCUUUGGGCCUUAUGGUUGUGUCAAACUUUGGGAGGUGUGUUCUGUGUAAUACUUGGGAAGGUGGCAUCUUUAACAGUGUCCAUCAUCGUCAUGGUCAUAUUCUCUAUAUUCAUUCAAGCUGCCUGUGGGAUGACAUUUGGGGUGGUUCCUUUCGUCUCUAGAAGAUCAUUGGGGGUCAUAUCUGGAAUGACAGGAGGUGGAGGAAGUGUGGGUGCUGUGAUAACCCAGUUAAUAUUCUUCAGAGGAUCAAAAUAUUCAAAAGAAACUGGUAUAACCUUAAUGGGUUUGAUGAUCAUAAUCUGUACUCUCCCAAUAUGUUUGAUUUAUUUCCCACAAUGGGGUGGCAUGUUUUGUGAUCCAUCGUCUGAGAAAGUUGCAGAAGAAGAUUACUACUUGUCUGAGUGGAGCUCAGAGGAACAAGAGAAAGGGUCUCACCAUGCAAGCUUGAAGUUUGCAGAUAAUAGUAGAAGUGAACGAGGCAGAAGUUUGCCAGGUCACCAUGUGUUUGAUUCUCACAAUUAAUGCCUAUAUAUACACAUAUAGAUGCUCAAGAAUCAACUUGUGUCAAUAAUAUUCUUGUUCUCUUA